GCGUGCAGCUCGACGCGCCUCGGGCGCUUCUGUAAACAUCUAACUUACUGGAGUGAGCGAUGUCGCGUUUAAGUGCCAGCAGCACCGUGUAAACGGGUUUCUCUUGCCUGGCGCAGGAAUGCAGGAGGCGGAGGCAUAACCGUAUAUGUCUAUAGCCAAACAGCCGUAUCCAAACUCCUCCGUCGUGCAGCCCGGAGCUCCGCACCCAACUUUAACAUCCACACAGAUCCUCACAAACUGGAUUCGUUUCGGAUCCUCGCUCAAUAACACGCGUCUUAGACUUCCGUGGCUUUUUUAAAAACAUUUUUCUUUUGCACUAGACGGUUUCUAAAUUAAAUUGUAUCUUUAUCGACUUAACGCUUUGUUGUAUGAUACCAAACACAGUCAUCUAGACGCUAUUUUUAAGUGCCCUUGGCAAGCGCGUGCCAUUUUGAGAACUUAAUUUUAGUAUUAUAGCCUAUAUAUAUAUAUAUAUAUGAGGAGCGCAGCGUAUGCCAUCUAAUUGUGUUUGUUCAGUUGGGUUUUUGUUUGCGCAUGUUUUUGACACGGCUGAACUUGUUAAUUUGCUUAGCCAUGAACUAGGUUUAGUUUUGUCUGAAAGAACCAGCAGUUAUUUUUUAUCCAUUUUUUUUUCCAAGGUAAUAAACCCGCUAGACAAACUGACCGGCUAUUUUUCUAGUUUUUAUACAUUUUUUUUCGGAUCCCUCUUUUGAACCGCGUGUUGAUCCGGGUUGUUAAGGAUGUCUGGUCACAACAUUGCCUCGAAAAGUUCGGAAAAGCUGCUUUUCUUUGGGUUUUUGGUUCUGGUUCGGUCGGUCUUGUGUCAUGGGUUUGCUGAGGAGUUCACUUCAGGCUCUUAUGAUUUUGGGUCUGUUAUUCUGGAGCCUCUGGACGGGUUGAGAAAGUACGUGGAGUCCAUUGUCGGCACCCAUGUGAUUGAGAUUGGUGCUGAGAAUGCUGUGUUGUACCUUGACUCGGUGUUUGGCCCAGAGAACAUCUAUUCUGUUGCAAUGUUUGUCGAAAUGCUGCUGCAGUUGGUUGCUGAAGGAGCUGCCAGUGGACUGAAUGUCAUUGCUGUGUAUGUAUCUGAGAUUCUCAGAGCUACUGGAGUGAACGAGACAGUAUCAGUGCCUCAUUUCACUGCUGAAGGCGUGUCUGCUGUGACCAAGUGGGCUUUGCUGGCUCUGAUCGCUUACUGGCUCCUGUCCUUGUUGCUGCGAGUCACCGUAAUGCUUGUAAGGCGAGUGUUUUGGCUGAUUAAAGCGGUUGUAGUGCUGUGGCUGUUUGUGCGGAUCAUCAGUGACCCCACUGCCUCCAGUGAAGUCACUACAAUGAGACUGACUUUACUAAUGCUCAUCUGUGCUGUGUUUGGGGUCGCUACGAGCAGCGGCGGUGGGACAGGAGCCAGUCUGGAAAGCCGAAUGAGCAGACUGGAGGGACAAGUCAAAGGGAUGGAAAAGAAGAAAACACAGUAAUGAGCAGCUCAAAACAAGUAUACGGACUCGUGAUAACAGGGAGAUGAGGACUCAGGGAUGACAUCUGAAGUGUUUUAUGCAACUCAGAACAGCCUUAAGUAUUAAUAUCUGAUUUUGCCAGUUCUUUCUUGUUUUGAAUACAUUUCAUAAAUAAUUGGGCCAAGGAGACUACUCCCAUAUUGUUUUUACUAAAAUGUAAAGCAAGAAGAAAGAACUUCAUCCUACAGCUCUUUGAAUUUCAUGUGGUACCAAUAAAAUUGUCCUUGAUUGUUU